AUGUCACACUACUCCGCUUCCUGGGCUUCUCCGCUCGGCGGUCUGCACCCAACGCUCCAACUACACAUCGACGCCGUUCCUACACCCUCCUGUGCCCUCUACACCCACAUCUCUCUCCCUCCCCACUUCAUCGCCGACAAGUUUCAGCUCGUCCAGCUGCAUCGCGAGGGCAAGCUAGGGGCGUACGAUGCGUCAAUCGGAGGUAGAGAUAGCUUCGGGCAUGCCGGCGAGGCGGGCCUUGAGGCACCGGUGUGGAAGGCGGGCGAGGGAAGCUUGUUGAUCAGGGUGCGAGAAGCGGAAGUCGGGGCAGGGCCGCCAAAGCGGAUACACUUCGAGGUGCCGUUGCAUCUGCGCUAUCAAGCCCCGGUGAAGGAGCGACACACGGACGGCUUGCGGCAGGACGUCGUCGAGGUCGAGUUUCCGUAUCCUCGUGUGUUCUGGGCAUGUCCCGACGGCGUAUCGGUACCCAACUCACAAGCAUGCCCGCCAGCAUCCCUCGACCCGGCUUUCCCUCACCUCCCUGCUUCAACUCUCCACUUUCUGCCAGCCAACGCUUCGAUAGCGGGUCAACCGGGCUGUCCUCCACCCUCACCACCUUCCCUCAGCCUCACAGCGCCUACCGGUGUCCAAGCAGAUCUUCCCGCCGUCGAAACGACUACGGCGGCGACAAUCUGGCUCUGCUUCGCUUUCCUGGUGUGGACUGCGGUUUCGACGUGGCGAAGGAGUCGGAGAGAAGCAGUAGACGAGCAGAAGAAACGGCAAUAA